UUUUUGAUCAAUUUAUUCUGUGGAGUCGGACAAGGGCGUAUAAAGCAUUAUCACUUGGAGAGGCAAGGACACGUCUAAGCCUCAGGAUGCGAGGCAAAAGGAUUUGAAAUUACAUUUUUAAUGCAGAGUGGGCAAGAAAAAGAGCGCGAAAUGAGCAACACGUGCGCGUUUUAUUUUAAAUAUUUAUAAACAAGCACAGGCACACACAACCAUAUACAUAUAUAGGUGACCAAAGUUAAGCCUCGUCAAAUUCUAUUAAAAAUUCAUCUUAACGGUUAUGCGUUCUGCACAAACAGCCAACGGAGCAGCUAAGGAGCCGGGCAGAAAAUGUUUGUAAAUAUUAAAAUGAAUUUAUGUGCAGCGCAAAAGUUUUUAAUUAAGUGAAAAGCGAAAACACGAGUGGAAACGAUAAAAACCAACACCGCCACCGAAAAAAAGAAUCAUUGAGAGAGUGAAUUAGAGCAACGAGCUUAAAUAUUUGAAGCGAUGUUCGAGCAGGCCGAGCCCAUUUUAUUUGCAUACUUAAUGCCAAUGCCCGAGCAGUGAGUGCCGCAAUCGAGCCAAGUGCAGAAUACCAACUAGUCAGUAAUCACCAGUAAUCGGCCAAUCGGAUCUGGAGCAACCAUGUCCAUCACCGUCUCAUUCCUCAUCUGCCUGAUCAUUGGGGUCAUAACCUACGCGAGUUCGCACGAGCAUGCCGAUGGCUUUAAGCCAGAUGGCGAAAUCCUGCGCGUGCUGGUGAACAGCUCGGCCCAAAUCAAAUGUGAUGUGGGCUCCAGCCAGGCCGAUGACAAAGUGCUGCUGGUCGUUUGGUACAAGAAUAAUUUACCCAUUUACAGCUACGACACACGUGGCGCCCACGCAGGCACCCCUUCGCAUUGGCGUGACGAGGAGGUCCUCGAGGAUCGGGCCGUCUUUCGCACGCACAAGGAGCCGGCCGAAUUGAUUAUAAAUCCGGUUAAGGAAAAGGAUGCGGGCAACUUUCGCUGUCGCGUGGACUUCAAGCUCUCGCAGACCCGCAACAGCAACGUCAAUUUGGAGGUUGUCGUGCCGCCGACGCAGCCGAUUAUCUUCAACGAGCGUCGCCUGCGAAUCGAUUCGAGGGCAGGUCCUUAUGAAGAGGGAGGCAGCCUGGAAGUCACCUGCGUUGUCUACGGUGGAUCUCCGCCGCCGACUGUCAUCUGGCUGAUGAAUGGGCAGCUGCAGAACAGCGUUGUCGAUUACACAUACGAUGGCGCCAUCAACAGCAAGCUGGUGGUUCGCAACCUGUCAAGAAUCCACCAGCAUGCGGUCUACACCUGCCAGGCCAGCAAUUUCCACAAGAAAUAUGUGGCCACCAACAUAACCAUCGAGCUCUAUCUGCGGCCUCUGCUGGUGGAAAUCAGCUUCAACAAUCAGCCGAUGUCAGCGGAUCGAAAGUACGAGAUCGAGUGCCAGGCGAUCGGCUCGAGGCCGCCGGCCAAAAUCACCUGGUGGAUGGGCAACCUCGAGCUGCACGGCCACAGUCAGAAGGUCUCUGAGGACGGUAAUGUGAGCACUUCGGUGCUAUCGAUCACACCCACCAGAGAAGAUCAUGGCAAGGCGUUAUCCUGUCGGGCAACCAACGAACUCGUACGCAAUGGCAUUCGGGAAACGGCCAUGAAAUUGAAUGUUUUCUUCAUUCCCACCUUGCAGCUGGACCUGGGCUCCAAUCUAAAUCCGGAGGAUAUCGAGGAAGGCGAUGAUGUCUACUUCGAGUGUAAAGUGCAUGCAAAUCCGGCUGCUUAUAAAGUUGUAUGGAAGCAUAAUCACCAAAUCAUCCAGCACAACCAGCGAGCGGGCGUUAUCGUGAGCAGCGGAGAUCUGGCCCUCCAGGGUGUCACUCGUCACCAGGCGGGGAACUACACCUGCACCGCCUCGAAUGUGGAGGGCGAUGGGGACUCCAAUGUGGUCGAGCUGAAAGUGAUGUAUAAGCCAAUUUGCCGGCCCGAUCAAAAGAAAAUCUAUGGAGUGGCUCGGAACGAGGCAGCCGAAAUAGUGUGCGAAGUGGAUGCCUUUCCGCCGCCGGAGAACUUCAAGUGGUCCUUCAACAACACGGCGGAGACCUUCGACAUGCCGCAGAGCGGCUUCCGGCCCCAUUCUGCCCAGGGUUCCACCCUCACCUACACGCCCGUCAAGGAAAUGGACUUUGGCACCAUCAUGUGCUGGGCCGACAACAAUGUGGGUCAGCAGAAGGAGCCCUGUGUGUUCCAUUUGAUAGCCGCUGGCAAACCGGAAGCGCCCACCAAUUGUACGGUGGUCAAUCAAACGUCCGACUCGCUGGAGGUUUAUUGCAUUGAAGGAUUCGAUGGCGGGAUGCGGCAGUGGUUCCUCAUGGAAAUCUUCGAUCAGCACAGCGGUCAGCUGCAGGCCAACAUCAGUGCCAAGUUUGCGGCCCUGAGCGUUACGGGAUUGGAUGCCGGGCGCUUGUUUAGGAUCUAUGUGUAUGCCGUUAAUGGACGCGGACGCAGCGAUGCCAUAGCCCUUGAUGGAUACACAUUAAAGGCGGCCGAGAAGCAGACUGUCGCCUUGACCUCGUACAAGGGCAGCGCCCAGAGUCCGGAUAACUUUGAGCUGACACCGAUCCUCUCGAUUGGCAUCUUCGUGGGCAUUCUGGUGGCCAUCGUGUGCAUCGGAAUCGGCACCAUUGCCGCACUGAAGCUGCGCUCGCACAAGCACCAGCAGCAACAGAAAUUCGUACAUCCGAAUGCGAAAUUCUCACGUCCGGGCAAUUUGCAAAUUAAGGACAAAAUCUCAUUGCCAUUGAGUCACUCCGAGGAGAUGUACGACGAGAAGAAUCCCGAUGUUGUCCCCUACAAUGAGGUUGAUGGCGAAUAUAAACAAAAAUCAGCAACACAAACGCCAUCGGGACAUCUUUCGACGACCAGCGAGGUGGAAAUCAGCUGCAAGCCGGGCUCAACAUCCGGCACCGGAAUCCUCCCGGCCAACUCGGCGGACAGUGGCACCUAUCAGAGCAGCAAGGACGAUGAGCUGCACUACGCGGAGCUGUCGCUGAACAACAUGCCGUCCGGCAGCAGUGGCGCCUCCAAGAAGGGGCAGCCGGGGGUGGUGCAGCAGGUGGUGCAGCAGCAGCAGCAGGGUCAGGUGCAACACCCCCACCCCCUGAUGGGUGGCACCCUGCCGCACGGGUCCAGUAUGCGGAAGCUGCUGCCCACGAUUCCGGCGACGGCGACCCUGCAGCGCCACAAGCCAAAUGCGGGCGGAAUGCAGCAUCCGCACCAGCACGCUCCGCCGCCCACGUACGACUACGAUUACUUUGAGGAACCGACGAUAUAUGCGCAAAUCGAUGCGUACAAGACGAUGCAGGUGGACACGGCCGGGCAGGCAGGUGCAGCUGGUUCGGGCUUGAGGGAGGGCAUCUCCUCGCCCGGUUCGCACGGCACACCCUCCACCGUCUCGCCCGGCACCGUGCAGAUGUACACCCUGCCCCAGCAUCCUGGCGGCUACCACACUCUGCCGCACAAUCAUCACGCACAGCAGCAGCUGGCGGGCGGUCCGCAGAACUCCGCUUCGAUGAUGCAAAUGAUGCAGCAGCAGCAGCAGCAGUUGCACCACCAUCCUGCGUCCAACAUGCCGCCCUCCUACCAGCAACACCAGCAAAAUCAGCAGCAGCAGCAUCAUCAUCAGCAGCAGCAGCAAAUGGCCCAUGGCCAAAUGCUGGUCUCGAGCAACAGCAGUGGAUUGGCCUCCACCACGGCGGCAGUGGCCAGUCCCAGUAGUUCAUUAUCGGGACUUUCGGGCGUGGGCAAGUCCUAUUCGCGCGAAAUCGUCACCGUUCGCACCCCGCUCAUGUAUUCGCAGCAGGAGAGUUGCGUCUAAGGUCUCCCAGGCACCCGUGGAUUUAUCCAAUCCGAACCGCCCAAGUACCCAGUUCCCAGUCCCAGAUCCCAAAUUAACUAACGAUUAACUAGUCAUGUAAGUCUUGAGCUCUUCGUGGUUGGUGUCUAGGCUAAGUGUUGCCAAAACGAAUUGAAUUGAAUUAAAUUGCAGCAUUGAGGAGAAUUGAAGCGAAUGGAAUGGUAUGGUAUCGUUUGUGUGCUCGUCGAGGAACUGAAUAUUUUUUAGAAGCAAACCCUAACGCAAGGCUGCCAUAUUAUCCCUUAAAUCUUCUGAACAUCAUUCAAAUUUUUUAAUACACAUCUAUUGUCAACCAUCUACUUCCAAUUGUUUGAACUCUUUAAUUAUUUUAUU